AUGAGAAAUCGACAGCAAGUCGGCUUCAGGCCUGCACGGGAAAGAUGAGGGCACUACUGUUUGUGUGCAUUUUCCUAAUUUUUGAGCAAUAUGCAGAAUGUGCAGCUAAGAAGAAGGAGCAAGUCAUUGCAGAGAAGUUAGAAAAGUUGACCGAGUGGAGUAACAGAAGACCCAUUGUACGCCUCAACGGGGAUAAAUUUCGCCAGUAUGUGAAGUCUGUCCCCAAAAAUUACUCUGUGAUUCUCAUGUUGACUGCAUUAAGGCCAGAGAGACAGUGCAUGGUCUGCAAACAAGCCAAUGAGGAGUUCAACAUUGUGGCUGCCUCCUGGAGGUAUUCACAGCAGUUCUCUAACAACUUGUUCUUUGCUAUGGUAGACUUUGAUGAAGGCUCAGAUGUGUUUACUUCUCUGAAAUUGAACUCUGCCCCUGUCUUCAUGCACUUUCCACCGUCUGGGAAACCAAAGAAGGGAGAUACAAUGGACAUUCACAGGAUUGGUUUCUCUGCUGAACAGAUAGCCAAGUUUGUGAGUGAGAGGACAGACAUACAUAUUCGGGUAUUCCGGCCUCCUAAUUAUGUUGGCACAAUGGGUGUCCUGCUGCUGUUCAUAGUGAUAGGCGGUCUUCUCUACCUGAAGAGAAACAACUUGGAAUUCUUGUACAAUAAAACUCCUUGGGGAGUGGCAUCCCUGUCCAUCAUAUUUGCCAUGACCUCUGGCCAGAUGUGGAACCACAUACGAGGACCUCCGUUUAUGCACAAGAACCCACAGACUGGACAGAUAAUGUAUGUCCAUAACAGCAGUCAAGGACAGUUUGUUGUGGAAACUUAUAUUGUCAUAUUUUUAAAUGCUGCUGUAGUCAUAGGAGUUAUCCUGAUGAAUGAAGUGCAACAUAUGAAAGCAGAUGCUGGAAAGAAACGAAUUCUAGCUCUGGUUGGUCUAGGAGUGGUAGUGCUGUUCUUCAGUUUGUUGUUGUCAGUAUUUAGACAAAAAUAUCAAGGUUAUCCAUACAGUUUCCUGAUCAAGUAAUGGCAUUCACAGAAACAUCUAUUUACAGUCCAAGCGAGAAAAGAUGAUUGUUGAAAUUACAAAACUGAUGAAAAUUUGAUUGCACAUCUCACAGUUGAACAAUGGCUUUCCCACAUUUAAUAAUAUUUGUACGGGUGAGAUUCCUAGAUAUUCGAGGAAGAUUUGUUACAGUUAGUGCAGUCAACCAAAAACUGAUUUCUGUAACUAAUAAAAUACUUUUUUAACAAACUA